AGUGAAAGUAGACACAAAAAGGGAGGGCGCGAGGGAAGAAGAAAGAAGCUUGGGGUGGGGGGGCCGUCGCCUCUGUGCCCGUAGGACUCCGCCCCUGAAGUCAGCGCCCCAAGUAUCCCAUGCCUCCUCCUUAGCUCUGUGUCCACCGGGGGAAGGAACCGAUCCGCUCUCCACCCGCAGCGGCAGCAGCAGCCGCAGCUGCAGCCGCGAAGGGCCGUCACCUUGUCUGGAAUUUCCCAGCCCACUCCCCUUCGCAGUUUGCCUCUUGAGUCCUCUGCGGGACCUUUACUGAUGCGGAAUCUCGGGCUCAGGAAGGCUCCAAGAUAACUCCGUGGCGGGGCGUUCACGAGAAACACAGGGGCAGGUAUCCACUUAAUCAAGCCACUUCUCCUUUUAAGGAAAUGAUGGAUUUCUUAAACUUGACAGAUCAAAAUUUUACCUCCGAAGAACCAUUCAACCGAAUGCCAUCCAAGAUCCUGGUCUCAUUUACUCUGUCGUUAUUAGCACUGAUGACAACUGCUAUCAACUCCCUCGUGAUCACUGCUAUCAUUGUUACCCGGAAGCUCCAUCACCCUGCCAACUAUUUAAUCUGCUCCCUGGCAGUGACUGAUUUCCUAGUGGCCGUCCUAGUGAUGCCCUUCAGCAUUGUGUACAUUGUGAAAGAGUCUUGGCUCAUGGGGCAAGUGGUCUGUGACAUCUGGCUGAGCGUCGAUAUUACCUGCUGCACGUGUUCUAUCUUGCACCUCUCAGCCAUAGCCCUGGAUAGGUAUCGCGCCAUCACAGAUGCUGUCGAGUACGCCAGGAAAAGGACACCCAAGCAGGCUGGAAUGAUGAUCACGGUGGUGUGGACUAUUUCUGUUUUCAUCUCCAUGCCACCUCUAUUCUGGAGACAUCAGGGAACUAGCAAAGAAGAUGAAUGCAUAAUCAAACACGACCACAUCGUUUUCACCAUUUAUUCUACCUUUGGAGCUUUCUACAUACCACUAGCAUUGAUUCUCAUCCUUUAUUAUAAAAUAUACAGGGCAGCAAAGACAUUAUACCAUAAAAGAAAUGCUAGUCGUGUUGCAAAAGGAGAGCUGAAUGGUCAGAUACUCUUGGAAAGUGGUGAGAGAAGCACUCACCUGGUCUCUACACCAUAUGUACAAGAGAAGUCUUUAUCUGACCCUUCCACAGACUUUGAUAAAAUCCAAAGCACAAUCAAAAGUCCCAAGUCAGAAUUAAGGCCAGAAAAGUCUUGGAGGAGGCAAAAGAUUUCUGGAACAAGAGAACGGAAAGCAGCCACUACCUUGGGGUUAAUCCUAGGUGCUUUUGUAAUAUGCUGGCUUCCCUUUUUUGUCAAGGAAGUAGUUGUCAACAUCUGUGAUAAAUGUCAAAUUUCAGAAGAACUGUCUAAUUUUUUGGCAUGGCUUGGCUAUCUCAAUUCUCUUAUAAAUCCACUGAUCUACACAAUCUUCAAUGAAGAUUUCAAGAAAGCAUUUCAGAAACUUGUGAGAUGCAGACAUUACUUUUAAAAAUAUAUAAUAUUGAAAGCUGUUUUGUGUAUAUCUAUAUGCAUAUAUGUGCAUUCACUUAUGUUGAAAUUUUGUGUAAAAAGAAAAUAUUUUAAGUGCUUCAGAUUUUAAAUUUUGUAUUGAUUAGAAUGUUUAUUGAUUAAAGAUGGUUUUAUUCGACCAUCAUUAGGGGGUAUUGUGAAUCAAAGAAUGGUUUUAUGAAGAAUGAAAGCAGUAUUCAUUUUUCCUAUUCAUAUUUUUGUCAAAUGUUAAUGGGAUAUAUCUUCUAUUUUAUUGAUGAUGAGAGUAGAGAAAAACUUUUUGAAUGCUACCAAACUCUUUAAUCUCCAAGGCAGAAAGGGUUUAAAUGAUGACUUUAUACAUUUCUGCUCUUCAUUUCUAAAGUGAAAAUGAAAUUCAUUCACAAAACAUGCCAUGCUCCCUCCGUUAAUUAUUUUUAACACCUCACCUCCAAGAAGUCCCAUCUCAGUUGAAAAUAAAGGUAGAAUAGCUUUAUUGCUCCAGAGACCUAGAAUUAUAAUUUAUAAAUACAUAAAAGUUCUAUUAUCCUCAUUUAAAAUCCCAUGAAGAAUGCAUUAUCCACAACAUGGGAUUUUAAGUGAAAGAAUAAUCUUAGUAAUAAAUUAAGAGGAAUGUAUACAUGACUCUUGGUUACCUAUAAAUACUUUUGUAAAGUCUUAGAAUACAUCUUCUAAAGGAGAAAAAUGCAUUUUAUUCACUGAUCAUGUUGGCAAGAUCCAGUAUUAAUUGACUCUAAAGGAAUAUUUUAAACUUGAGCAUUAAGGAACCUUUGAUUGGUGGUCUGUGUAAAACCCAACAUUUGUCUUACAGGCUAUAUGGUUUUCCAGUUGGAAAAAAUGGACAAAAGGAUACCCAUUUUAAACACAUAAAAAUGAUAUCCGUAAAGUUUGUCUCUCCACUUAACUCACUGAGCCAUAGUAGAAGUUUUCCCCCACCCUUCCCCAUAAGCUAUUUCUCCAAAAGCAUCAGCAGAAGGAAAUUCAUUUUUUCACCUCUUAUUAGAAGUUUGCUGAGAACUUUACUUAACAAUCUGCUGCAUUUUGGUUGACGGCAAACAAGGUAUUAAACUGGGAGCAAUAUGUUCGCCAAAAGUGACCUCACAAGCCAUGGAAGAUAUAUAAAGAACAAACAGAAGAAAAAUGGAGAGGACAUGGGAAAAAGAAGAAUACCACAAUUGAAGUUGUCGGAUAGUGUAUCCUCCAGAGUGAGCAAGAGUGGGAAAUGCGAAUCUGUUAUUUCCACAGCUGGUAUCUGCUUCUUAUGGUCUGAAUACUUCAUUGUUCUAAAUGUGAUUCUAGACUCUUCCUGCUUAGUCUGUUAGAGCAAAUGAGAAAGAAAGCCCUCGUCUGUCUUCCCACCAUUCCUGGUCCGCUAAGAAUGCCUUAUCGUAGUUGUCAAUAUUUGUGGGAAUGUCACAUUUCAGAACUUUCUAAUUCUUGGACAUCUCAAUUCUCAUUUAAAUCUGUUCAAUUACACCAACUUCAGUUAAGACUAUUAAGAAAGCAUCUCAGAAACUUGGGAGAUACCAUUAAGAAAAUAGUCUGAAAAUUUGUCUGAUUUUCAGUUGUAUGUAAAGCCCUUUCAGAGGUAUUUUACCCCAAAUUGUCAGGUUUCCUCUAAGCUAAACCUUUUUUGUUUUCUUCUCUUUAAGGAGAAAUAGAUCAACAAUUUAGCUGCAAGUUUUGAAAAAUAAAAUUCACAUUCAAUUGAUUUCCUAGCAACCAUCUUAGACCCAUCUACUCAAUUCAUGCUGAAUUAUUUGAAAGACCCAAAUCCCCUUCCAGGUAAAAUUGUUUAAAAAUACUAUUGGGUACUUUAGAAGCAGUUUCAGUAAUUUUUGAGUUCUAAUUAUCUAACUUUGACUUUAUAUGCUAAAUUAAGAAUUUCACACCCACAAAAGCUUUAACUCAACUGUCCAUUGUGUCCUGAAAAAGUAGGUGUAUGUGAAAUCUGCAGUAUUUAAGAGAAUAUUCUAAACAUCUAAAAUGGAAAAGCAGAAUGAACGAAAAACACAUAUUGCCCAGAUUAUAGCAUGCAUAUUCCAAUGGAUGGACAGCCAACCAAAUAAGUGUACAUAAAUACAUAUGCAUUUGACAUAGAAGAUAGAAAGCUAACCUCAAAGUCAGAAAGGCUUGGUUUUAAAUCCUACUUGACACAUACUAGCUGUUUGAUCCUAGGCAACUUAUUUAACCUCUCCGUGUCCUUAACAACUGUCUAAGACUAAAAGUUACAGAGAAGGCACCAACAUGGACUGGUAAGAGGAAUCCUUUGUUAUAAGGUCCAUAUAGUGGUGAAAUCACAGAUUUGGCUAAAACAAUUAACUAUUGUUUUAACAAUUAAUUAAUAUGUGUAAUAUAUGAUGACCAAUAAGUUUAUAAAGUAUGAUACAUAAUACAUGCAAGCACACACACACACACAUAUAUAUAUAACUUUGGUCAGCUACCAAAGAUAGACAGUAAACUGAACCCAGAACUUAGUAGGAAGAAGAGAUGAAGGGAGCAUUACAUUGUGAAAUUAGAUAGUAAUUUCACUGAUCACAGAUCAUUCAUGGCUACAAGAGACCUUCCCUCUAAUGUUAAUAUUCUUCCAGUGGUGCUAUAUGAUUUUGCCAUCAUGAUAUUUCAUUAUUCAUAAGAAUUGCAAUUGCAAGUAACCUAAAUGGCAAUUCAAAGUCGCACAUUAGAUAUAAAAAGGCAAUUGCAUGUAGCCAUUAAUGAAUUUGUAAAUGAAGAGAAAAGAACAAAGGAAAUGAGCAUUUGUUAGGUGCCUACUCUGUGCUAGGCACUGCGCUAUGCACUUUAUAAAUAGUAUCUUGCUGGAUUCUCACAACAACCCCGGGGAGCAGGUGCUAUAAUUAUUUCAUUUUACAUUUACAUCUGAGAAAACUGAGGGAGACAAAGGUUAAGUGACUUGCCCAGAGUCAUAUCGCUAGUAAUGGUCUGAGGUCAUACCAAAUUCAGUUUAUUGCUCUCUUCACUAGACCACCUGGCUGCCAAAGUAAAGUAGCAUGAAACAAUGAUCAGUCAUUCAGGACUGAGGGGGUGGAGGAGAAGUGUAGGGCUAACAGCCCUAUACUUAGCCCUAUACUUUACGAAGAACGAGAAGUAGACAAUGGAUGGCUUCAGUGGUAAAUUGGUAGUCUCAGGAUCCUAGAAAAAACAAGAGGAAAGUCUAUAUUACAUUAAGUCUAUCUUCCAAAGAAAAGCUUUUAGGAAAGAAUUACGUAGGAUGAGAAGCCAUGAAGGAAUGAAAAUUGGCUAUUAUUGUAAGUUUAUAGAUAGAUAGAUAGAUAACUAUGCCCAAAUUAGACACUUAACGAACAUUUUAAAUAUAUAUUAUCUCUUCUUCUAGGAAUUACUAUGUCUACAAUGCAUGUUGGAGAGCCUUUUGACAACCUGUUUAAUAUUAAGAAAUAAUGUAUUGCCUUAUUUUUUAAAAAGUUUCAUUCUAUAUAAAAGAAUGAUAGAUCUACAUUUGAAUGCCAGCUUUGCAACUAACUACCUGUGUGACCUUGGAUAAGUCACUUAAUUUAGGCUUCUCAUUUAUAAAAUGAAGGCACCAGACUAGAGAGCUUGAACCCCCACAUAACUCUACAGUUAUGAUAUAUGAGAGAGUGUAAGAAUUCUUUCAAGGGGGGGUGGGGAGAAAAUGAUCUUUGUCUCCAAUGAAUAAUGUUUUGAAAUGACCAAAUAAAAUAUUGUUUUAAAAAAAAGAAUAAUUCUUCCAAGGUCAGAAUGAUAAUCCCUAAAAAGUUCCUAUUACAUGUGCUUUAUAUGCCUUUGACACUUAAAGAAAUGUCCGAGCAGGUAAACAGAAACUAUUGUUCUAGACAACCCACAGAAAAAUUUGCAAGAGAGGUUUUUGUUUGAUGCUCUAUUACCUCUUCUUUCUGUGGCCUCUUCUUUUCUCUAACCCUUCACUCCUGGGUUCCAAAGCCCUCAUAUUCUUUUCCCUCCACACAGGUUUACCUAUUAUAAUGCCCCAUUUCCAGAAACAGAUCUCUAUGCUCUAAAUUUUCCUUUUCUUCUUCCCUACCCCACAGUAUCCACAUUCCUUUUUAGUCUAAAUAGAUAUUAAACUGACAAAUUAAUUUACACUUGCUGUUGAAACUGAAAAUGGAAAUAUCUAUGAAAGGAAAAAAUUCAAAAGAAGGAGUCUUAAAUAAUAGAAUUUCAGGCACUGUGACAAACCAGUAGGAAUAAAAUUUCCAAAUCAGGGAUCUUUUAGUGAAGCCCUUUGGAUCACAGACAGCCCUUUGUGUUGGUCAAAGAACAGCAAUUCUGCCCUAAGCUAAACCUAGACAAAUGGGAGGGAAGAGGCAAGAUGAAGUUUCAAGAAAAAAAAUUUCAUUUCUAAGUACUUAGAGGUGAUUGGGGUCCAUUAUUUCUCUACAUAGAAAAACUAGGUUUUCCAUCUUAUGAAACUACAAAUAUUAAUUGUCAUUUCACCUAUCAUUUUCCCCUGUUUUAUGUGUACAUACAAUGGCACUCAUCAGGGAAGGAAAACGGUGAAUCACUUUAAUAUCAUAAUUUGUGAGAGUGUUAAGUAGUUUCAUUUUGUCAUUACUUUAUAAAGUAUGUGAAAGACACAGUAUGCAUUUCUAAAUGCUUUUUAUUUUCCCAGAAUUUAGAAUCAAGUUCAUUCUCAAAAUGCAGAAUUUCUACAUGAUCCAAAACAAGAUAUUUGGAGGAAGACUUUUAUUUUUCCAUCUUCUUGUGGGCAAACUAGCAAAUAUAAAUUCAAAGGUCUGAGAUCUAGAAAGAGUUCAUAAGUGGUAACAUGAAGGAAGAAAAAAUAGAUUAAUCACAGAAUUAAUUAAUUUCUAGAUAGCAGAAAAAAGAUACAUGGAGGUAUGGUUUUAUUAGGCUUAGAGUCAGAAAAAAAUAAUUUUGUUACUAACUCCAAUUUCUGGUGGGACCUCUGAUGAGGCUUCCAGACUUUUGAAGUUCAUGAGGUGGUAAUCAGGCUAAUUCUGGUUUUACAUAUUCAGUCCUAAGUUCAAAGAAGAAAAAAUACUAGAAAACAAAACAAAAGUUUCAUGUGCUCACAGACACAUGGUAGUCGAAUGUAAGGUAGGGCAGCCAUCCCCACUCAUCUCCCAGCACUUGGAAACUCAAGAGAUCUUGUUUUGGUGGUUUUCAAGAAAGAAAAGAGUGAGAGAUAGAGAUACUAAUCAAUCCUUUUUUAUAUGAAUUCAAUUUCACCUCAGCACCUCCUGAGUUAUUAGUGUUUCUGGUUCCUCAGCCAAUUAGCAGAUUUGUUGUUUGUUUUUUUAGGUUACAUAAAUGUAACCUUAGUCCUUAUCCUUAUCCUUAUCCUUAGUCACCAAUGGCUGCAAAUGGGUUCUCUCCAAAAUUUCUACUUGGUUACUUGGACUGGAACAAAGCAGAGACAUAUCAGGGUUCUGUGGCCAGUCUCAUUAUUAUAAUUGCAUAUUUGAGCUGGUCAACAAAAUUAAACUCAAUAUCUAUUAAGUGUAUAUUAUAUGUAGAUCACCAUGUUAAGAGCUAUUCCCCAUAGAAUACAUGUCCCCUAGAGAAAAAGGAACCCUCUCCCAUAUUUAGUAGUUACUCUAGGCUUAUGUGUGAUCCAAGUGGAAAAUGAUGAUGACCCAAUUCACAUCCUCCAAGUUAGAUAUGUCCCUGAUCUCCUUUAAAAGUCAGAUGGGUAUAACCAAAGAGCUUCACCAAAGUAUUUCUAGGGAACAUCUUUAGUUUGUUCCCUGAAUAUCUUGAAAAUGGAGCAAUGGCGAUGUGCCAUUCUUCCUGGAAAGAGACAAAUUUCUCAUGUGUUUAUGUAGGCCUGUUCCCCUGACCUAAAUAGACUAGAUAAAAUAAAUAGACUAGCAAUAUUUUUCUAAAUCCAUUACAAAAGUGGGGGAGGGGAAAAGCCAUACACAUCGGUAGUUUAUAUUUGCAAACAUCUUUAAAUAAAAACAUUGCAACCGUUAAUAUGUGUUUGGCAUCAUCCUAGGGAUCCUAAAAUGCUUGCAUUCAAGCAUUGAUUUUGAAAGAAAAUAUCAUCACUAUGACUUAAACAAACAGGAUCAUGGAUUUAGGACUGGAAGGGAUGUUGGAAAUAAUAGUCCAAGGCCCUUAUUUUCAGAUGAGAAAACUAAGGAGAGCAGUGAAUUUUACAAACAGAAGUUCAUCAGAAUCCAAAUCUAGAACUUUGUUUUGCUGCUUCUAUGCAACACUUAAGAAACCUAGUCUAUAAUAUCCACUCUAUUAAGAAUAAACUUUUGCACUCUUUCUAAGGUCCACAAUAAUCUCAAUCCACCUUACUAUUUCCCUCCAAUUAGCCCAAUGGCCCCAAUGUCCCCAGCACCAGUCAUACUUCAAUGAGUUCCUCGUUUAUUUCUUCUAUGCCAUUUUUCUCCCCCUUCUGCAUUCCUAUCCAAAGUCUUCUUGUAUUUCAAAGUUCAUGCUAAAUCUCACUUCCUCCAUGAAGCCUUCCCAAAUUACUCCAGAUUAUCAAUGAUUUCUUUCUUUUCUGAAUCCUACAUCACUACAGUGAAUAUCACACAGCUCAGUGGUUGCGUGGUUAUUUCAUGAAUAUGGACAUCAUUCGAUUAGAUGGUAAUCAUAAGCUAUUUGAGUAUGUCUUGUAUAGAUACUGUUUAAAAAAGGACUUUACAACUUUGUUGGUGGUGUCUAGUCUACCAAAAACAAAAAGUCAUUCUUGUUCCUCUUCCUCAUCUUGAAUCAUUACUGUGUACCCAAAAUUAAAAGGUAGAAGGUAGGGGAAAGAUUCACUGGACAAGAAGUAUCUUUCGGAUGAGCAAGAGUGGUGACAAGCUGUGAUAUGAUGUCAAAAAUUAAUCAUUCUGUAAUCCUAGAAAGGAGAUGCUUACUAUGCUUCCCCUGAUAUCACAGGUUUUUAUGGUUGUGUCAACUUCAGAGUGAAAGCGGUGAUAUAGAAAGAAUUAGUUCAAUAUAGGCUCAAGAAAACAUAUCCCUUCCCUCUUUGCUAAUAUCAGAGUAACCAGAUUUAAACAAGCCUGUUCUUUAAAAUCUUUAUUUUUAUCAUGAUCGCAUUCACUUGGGAGAAAUCAUCAGGAUGCUAAUCUAGGUUAUGUGUGCUUCAGAGAUUCUCCUAGAGACCAAUAUUGAAUGGCCAUUCAGCCACACUCCCAGGUGCUAUUUAUAGAGACACAAGGACAGCUGAAUGAGUAGUGAAUUGAAAUCAUAGGAUUUAGAUUUGAACAGGAGCUUAGUUAUUUAGUCUAAAGAUUUUAUUUUAUAGAUACAGAAAUAAAAAACUAGAUACGGUCAUCUUAUUUAAUUAUUUAAUGUCAGAGCUGGAAUUUGAACCCAGAUCCUGUGACUACAAAUCCAAUGUUUUUUCUGCUAUACUACAAAAGCAGAUUUGCAAGACUACUUUAAAGUAUCUUUAUCCUAUAAUUUUGAUGUUAUAAAACAUGGGAUCUGAACUCAUCAAUGGCCAUUAGUGUGCUCAGGUCAGUAUUUCUAUUAUGGCAUUGUGUUCAUCUAUAGAUUUAAGACACUACAUGCUCUAUUUGUUAAACAAAGAAGUUCUCAAUAAAGGAACCCUAAUGCAUGCCUGAUACCUCAAUAUUAAGCAGUUGUCUUCUCUUUGUCCUUUUCUGAAACAUGCAGUAUGUCCUAUGUGAAAAACAUUUGGAGGAUCUAAGUUGAUUAGAUGAUCCUCGUAUUUCUCCUUUCCAUAGAUUAGAGUCUGUGCUGCUAUUUACAUGUAUGCCUUUAAAGCAAAGUCAAAAAGAAAAAAAUUAAAAUUCAUUUGUUUCUUCCUAGUAGCAAAACUUCCCAGCAAUGAAGGACAAUAUAUAAUAUUUGCUUUUUAUGAAAAAAAAACUUUUUAAGGUGGUUGCAGAAAUAUUUGAGAUCCUCUGACCAAAAGAAUAUGCUCAAAUAGAAAUUAUUUAUAUUCUCUGGAUAAUAAGAUAUGCUUCUUGUAUUGGUACAAGACUUAAAUAUGAAUUGUAUUCUUUUCCUUUGACAAAACAAAGUAACAUAAAAUAAAAGAUUCUUCAAA